AUUCCCUACAGUGGGCAUCCCGUCCAUAAAGUGGUGUGGAGCAGAGGGAGACUACAACGUGAUGGUGAUGGAGCUGCUAGGCCCCAGUCUGGAGGACCUGUUCAACUUCUGCUCCCGCAAGUUCAGCCUCAAGACUGUCCUGCUGCUGGCUGACCAGAUGAUCAGCCGGAUUGAGUACAUCCACUCUAAGAACUUCAUCCACAGAGACGUGAAGCCUGACAACUUCCUGAUGGGCCUGGGAAAGAAGGGCAACCUGGUGUACAUCAUCGACUUUGGCCUGGCCAAGAAGUACCGCGACGCCCGAACACACCAGCACAUCCCCUACCGCGAGAACAAGAACCUGACCGGCACCGCGCGCUACGCCUCCAUCAACACACAUCUGGGGAUAGAACAGUCUCGUCGUGAUGACCUGGAGUCUCUUGGUUAUGUCCUGAUGUACUUCAACCUGGGCUCUCUGCCCUGGCAGGGCCUCAAGGCCGCCACCAAGAGGCAGAAGUACGAACGCAUCAGCGAGAAAAAGAUGUCCACCCCUAUCGAGGUGCUCUGCAAGGGAUACCCCUCUGAGUUCUCCACCUACCUGAACUUCUGUCGCUCUCUGCGGUUCGAUGACAAGCCAGACUACUCAUACUUGAGACAACUGUUCAGAAACUUGUUCCACAGACAGGGCUUCUCCUACGACUACGUCUUUGAUUGGAACAUGCUCAAGUUUGGGGCCAGCAGGACAGCCGAGGAUGGGGAGCGGGAGAGGAGAGAGGUGGAUGAGAGGAUCGGAGGAGGACCUAGGGCACCCCGUGCUCUACCCCCGGGCGGCAACCCCCCAGGGGGCGUAGACAGGAUCCGAAAUGGCCCCAAUGCAGCAGCUUCUAACCCUGCCUCCAGAGGAGUCCCACAGUCAGGGAACCGGUCCCCGCAGGCUGUGUCCCGUGCGGAGCGAGAGAGGAAGGUGGCCAUGAGGCUCCACCGUGGCGCCCCCGCCAACAUCUCCUCCUCUGACCUCACCGCACAGAUGGGCCAAUCACGCAUCGCCACAUCACAGGUCAGUGUGCCAUUUGAACACCUGGGGAAGUGAGCUGCUCCUCAGGCCCUCUCGACACUGGCAGCCAUGGUAGCAGGGUAUCAAAUACCUACUCAAUUACUUUUGAAAUUGUUGGAUUAAAAAACAUGAGUGUGUCAACGACACUGAAGACGGAUUAAAGAAUGAAGACAGAAGAGAAUAAAAGGAGAGGAAGUUCCAAUGAAUGUGAGAAGGGAACGCCUGUCCAAUAUGACUGUAGUUAACUGGGAGAAAAUAUGAAAAGAUGAAGGAUUGACAAGUGAAAGACACUCUCUUGGCCUAGCCUUGCUUCCCAGGCUUGUGAGACCUUCGCCUCGGCUGGUGAAUGAGUCCUGGUUCACUCUCAUUAUGCUGGCUAUGUGAUCCGUGGGACCAGACACGUCUCUCAGAAGCUCAAUGCCCCAAAAAACAUGUCAGUACAAAUGGACAAAUUCUGAUUAUUCUAGCUGUUUUCAUUGCUGAGGUGGUGUUGUAUGGGCAAAUGUGUUGGUUGAAAAACACACACAGUCGAAACCGUUUGUCUCACAUUGAAUGUCUAAUUUAUGACAGCUACAUUUCGAGCUAAGGUGUGUGUUUAUAAUAAUAAUAUCUGGGAAUAUUACAGAGGGUCAAGUAGUCGGCAAGAAGAUCUGUCAAGAGGAAUUUUGGGGAAAUGGAAGAUAUGCAGAGAGAAGGUAGGAAGAGAUGUGGAACAACAUUGUUCAGGAAUGGGGGGGAAAUGGAAGAUAUGCAGAGAGAGAGGUAGG